AUGCUAAUAAUCUUCGUGAACUUUCUCUCGAUCGGGCUCGGGAGUCAAAUAUUUUUAAAAUAAAAACAAACUGAGCACCAGGGAUGGCAGAAAACUGCGAAGAAAAGGAUAUUUUGUCGUAUUCCAUCUGCAGAUACUCAAGUUUUUCAUACAACUAUGUCCCAGAGAACAUUUACAGUGACAAUCCCAAGGAUCAAUCUUCACGCUGGUCCUCAGACUCCAACCAACCUCCCCAGUUCUUGACCCUGAAGCUUGAUCGACCAGCCAUUGUGGAGAACAUCACAUUUGGGAAAUAUGAGAAGGCUCACGUGUGUAACCUAAAGAAGUUCAAAGUCCUGGGAGGUCUGAAUGAUGAACACAUGAUUGAGUUAUUUGAAGGGGGUUUGAAAAACGACCAUAUAGCAGAAUCUUUUACACUUAAAAAAGAAAUUCAUGAUAAUUUAUUCCCCUGCAGAUAUAUCAAGAUAGUCCCUCUCCAAGCUUGGGGCCCCUCCUGUUUUAACUUCAGUAUCUGGUAUGUAAAGUUACGAGGAGAGAGUAACUGGGAUGUUGUACAACCAUGUUUACAGUGGCUGGUUACAUUCCGGGAGAAGGAGGCCAUUCGGCUGUGUCUGAAGCACUUCCGACAGAGGCAGUUUACCGAGGCGUAUGAGGCGCUCCAGAAGAGGACCAAGGUGUCCCUGGAACACCCCAUUCUCACCGAGCUACACUCCAUGCUGGUAAAACACGGAGAUUUUGAGAAAAGUGAAGAUUUAUUAUGGCAAGCUGCAGAGGAGGGACUGUUUGACCAGUAUAUCUGCGACCAAGACUAUACACCCAAAUGGACCCCGAUAGAACCACUGCCUAAUGGAGAUAAUCCCAGCACCUACCAGCCAGGGAUGAGAGGGGGGCACCAGAUGUGUCUGGAUCUACAGACUGAGAGUCUAUACCUGUUUGGGGGGUGGGACGGGAAUCGAGACCUGUCCGAUUUCUGGGUCUUUUCUGUCCCGUCCAAAGAAUGGACGUGUUUAAGCAGUGAUACACACAAAGAGGGUGGUCCGAAUGCAAGAUCCUGCCACAAAAUGUGUUUAGAUUAUGAAAGGAAACAAAUUUUCAUCUUGGGUAGAUAUCUAGAUGCUUCUAUGAGAACUGCUGAAAAUCUCAAGAGUGACUUUUACAUGUAUGACAUCACGUCAGGCCGGUGGACACUGAUUACUGAGGACACGCAUACUAUGGGUGGACCGCGACUCAUCUACGACCACCAGAUGGUCAUCGACAUCCAGAAACAGACACUUUACCUUUUUGGUGGCCGGGUACUAAGCAGUGUAGGAUCAGACAGAAGUGGAGAACCUUCGUUCAGUGGACUGUAUGCUUACCACAUUCCCACCAACACCUGGUCCUGUAUCAUGGAGGACAGCCCUACCUUAAAAUCAAGGAUAGGCCACUCUAUGCUCUUCCACUCAAAAAGACGGUUGUUGUAUGUGUUUGCGGGUCAGAGGUCAAAAGAGUAUCUAAAUGAUUUUUUCACCUAUAAUGUAGACACAGGACAGAUAGACAUUAUUACAGAUGGAACCAAAAAGGAUUCAGGAGUUCCUUCUGCUGGUUUUACUCAAAGAGCAACUAUAGACCCUAAUAAAGACGAGAUUCAUGUGUUAUCGGGACUUAAUAAAGAAAAGGAGAAGAGAGAAAACGUCAAGAAUUCUUUCUGGGUAUACAGCAUUAAGAAGAACCGAUGGUCAUGUGUGUAUAGAAAUGAGAACACAGGGCAGCAGUACUGGACAAAGAUGCAGAACCUGGAACCGGUGCCUAGGUUUGCCCAUCAGCUGGUGUACGAUCACAUUAGAAAGGUUCAUUAUUUGUUUGGUGGCAACCCGGGUAAAGAGAGUUUACCAAAGAUCCGAUUGGACGAUUUCUGGGUUCUCAAGCUUUGUCGCCUGUCGACGGAGCACCUGCUGCGUCAGUGCAAGUACCUUCUCAGGAAGUACAAGUUUCAGGAGUUAGCAGAGCGCGACCCUCAUGCCGCCAUGUUGUAUCUACAGAACGACCUGGCCAGUAUUGUUGACCACAAAAAUAUUCAGGAACGAGAAGAGUUUGAAUCUCUAGCAUCAACUUUGUUCCGAUCUCCAGGAGACGAGACAGAAGGAACAGAAGAGACCAUACUAGCAGACACCAGUACCCAUCACAUGGCCAGGACGGAACUCUUUGAUCAGCUGGUCGCAUUCUUCCCGGAACACAUGUCACAGCCAAAGGGGAACCUCGUGGACCUUAUCCCACUCACAUGAAUAAAGCCCUCGCCCUCGCCCUCUCCUCACCCCACCCCUACCCCCUCAUCAAGUGAUUCAUAUUGUUCAAUAAAGGCAACUGUAAAUUGAGAGAAAAAAAUUGUCAUUUUGUUCAACUACAGCUUGCAAGUGCCAAAAAAAUUGACUUGUAAAUGGACAUGCAUGAAUAUUUUUUAAAUGAAUUUAUUAUGAAAGGUCUUGUUGAAGUAUUUAUUCAGAAAUAGUAUAGAUUUUAAUGGCAGUUCAGUCACAGUAAGCUGUGAAGUUUAUUGCUACGUACUCCCUGUCCCUGGAAAAGGUAAAGGGAGAGGAUAGUUGUGUUCCUUUAAUCAGCUGAUUGACAUUGAUCUAAAUAUUAUGUAUAUAUGUAAAUGUGUACAUAUUACUAAGUGUUACAUUUGAUCAGUGACCCUUAGAUGACAUUGCAUCGAUAUAAUAAGUACUAUGUACUGUUACAAUAAGGUACUUGUACUUGCUGGUCCUGCUUUAUUUAUUACAAUGUUUACUGAUGAUUUCAGUAAUGUGUGUCUGUAUCUUAAUGUCACGAAUAAAUGAGUAAAAAUGUCUA